AUGGGUGCCCACUCAGAAGUUUGGCAAGGCUACGUCGACUCCAGCCUCAUGGGCUCGGGUCAAUUCGACAAGGCCGGUAUCCUCGCCGCUGACUUCUCCGGUCUCGAGGCCGCCUCCCCCGGUUUCACUCUCUCCCAGGAGGAAAUCAACUCCCUGAUCUCCGCCUACACCUCCAGCGACAACGCAUUCGCCAACGGUAUCUCCGUCGGUGGUGACAAGUUCGUUGUUAUCAGGGCCGACGAGCGCAGUGUAUACGGCAAGAAGGGUAAGGAGGGCAUCAUCGUCGUCCGCGCCUCGGCUUGCACCAUGAUCGCCCACCACGGUGAGAGCGUCCAGACCACCAACGCCGCAACCGUCGUUGAGAACCUCGUCGACUACAUCAACAACCCUCAAUAG